UGUACGUACGUUUGACGUCAACCAAACCGGUGAAUUUUGAAAUACGGGCGCGUUUUUCAGCAUCUCUAUUACAAAUGGAGGCCAACAAAGAAUUAUCUGGUGCCUUUAAAACGCCUUGCAAGCCUGCAAAAGUGAAAAGUCCAGUCGGUGCAUGUGGAACCCCGGUCACCAUUCCUGCCUCUCCCUUCAUGAAGAAGCUCGGCUGCGGGACUGGAGUCAACGUCUAUCUCAUGAACAGGAUGGGCAAGCAGACUCAUUCACCAUGGGCCAUUAAGAAGAUCAACAGCAAGUGUGAAAAAAGUCAAAUGAAUGUUUAUCAGAAGCGUCUGAGCGAGGAGGCAAAGGUCUUAAAAGACCUGCACCACCCCAAUAUUGUGGGCUUCAGAGCUUUUACCACAGCAAAGGACGGCUCUAAGUGUUUAGCGAUGGAGUACGGUGGAGAGCAGUCUCUGAAUGACCUCAUUGAGAAAAGAAGUGAAGAGGGUCUUCAGGCAUUUCCAGUGGCCACUAUUGAAAAAGUGGCUCUUCACGUCGCACGUGGUUUACAGUACCUGCAUAAUGAGAAAAGGCUUUUGCAUGGAGACAUGAAGUCAUGCAAUGUUGUCAUCAAGGGCGACUUUGAAAGCAUCAAAAUCUGCGAUGUUGGUGUGUCACUGCCACUGGAUGAAAACAUGCAGGUGAGCGAUCCAAAGGCCCAUUACAUUGGGACGGAGCCGUGGAACCCUAAGGAAGCCUUGGAGGAUGGGCUUAUCACAGACAAAGCUGAUAUCUUUGCAUAUGGACUCACACUGUGGGAGAUGAUGACACUUUCUGUUCCUCACCUGGAGUUGCUGGACACUGAGAGUGGUGAUGAUGAUGACUCCUUCGAUGAGGAUGGUUUUGAUGAAGAUGCGUAUUAUGAGAGGCUGGGAACUCGACCGGCUUUGGACGCAGCCACUCUUGGAGGGUCUUACCAGAGGAUGGUGGAGCUCUUCUGUCUCUGUACUGAGGAAGACCCUCAUAAAAGACCCUCUGCAGCUCACAUUGUUCAGGUGCUGGAAUCCAACAACCAGCUUUGUGACAAAAACAGUGAGGUCAUUAUAAUUGAUUAAAUUCUCUAACCCAUUCCCAUCAAUGUAAAAUAUAUUGGUAUGUUUACAGGGUCUGGUUUCUGCUCUGCUUUUCUGUCUAUGAUUUUACUUUGUGAGCUGUUUCUGUCACAUUGUAAAUAUUUUUCUGUUGAGGAUUUUGUCAUGUUACAUAUGUUCGUAUGUACUCUUUAGACAUUUUCUAGAU